AUGAACGAUGAAAUGACGGUAGUUAUAGAUGAACAAAAACAAGGUGAAAACAAUGAUCAUGACGAAGAAAAACAACGGCAAGAACAAAAUGAAAAAGGUAAAAUUCAAUCUCCAACUUUUUCUACAUCUAUGAUAGUUGCUCUUGAUGAUUCAAUUCAUUUGAAAGCGGAUAUAAUUCAUCGAAUGAAGCGUGAAGUAGAAAAUGACACUAAUCGAACUCGUUCAACAAAUCACAUCGAAUAUGAUUUGUCACAUGAUUCAAUUUUACCUCAUCGAAAACGUAUCCGACGUGAUUAUAGUCUAAAUAAAAAUAACAAUAUUUCAACAUCUCCUCGUGCAGAUGAACAACAACAACAACAACAGCCAGAUACAGUAACAUUUAAGAAUGAUUCAUUUGUUAUUAAUAAUUUAACAAACAAUCGCCAUACAGAAGAAAUGGACGAAAAUAAUAAUGAUGAUUCGUCUUCAUCGGAGAACUGUAGUGGACAUCAGCAGAUGCCAAAUAAUACUAACGAUAAUGAAUCAUUUUCAACAAAUGUUAAAUGUUCUUUGCCAGCCAAUGGAGCCACCAUGAAUGGUUUACUAAAUCUACCAAAUUCGUCUCCGAGUUCUUUAUUAAUAACAGACGAUCUCGAAAAUCAAACUCUACCGUUGAUAUGUUGCGUAUGUGGAGAUCGUGCAUCAGGUCGUCAUUAUGGUGUAUUGAGUUGCGAAGGAUGUAAAGGAUUUUUCAAACGAAGUAUACGUAAGCAAGUAUUGUACACAUGUUUGGGAAAUAAAGAAUGUCCUAUCAAUAAAUUUAUGAGAAAUCGAUGUCAGUAUUGUCGACUGCAAAAAUGUUUACAAGCUGGCAUGAGAAUUGAAGUUCAAAAUGAACGACGACCAUAUUCAAAUAAUAAUAAUAAUAAUCAUCAAAAUAGCAACGGCAAUGGAAAAUCAUCCGAUAAUUCAUUAAUAAAUCGAUUAAGAAAAAUAGAACCGAUGCCAAUGUCAAAGUUUUUAUCAUCGAAUUGUGUUUUGCCAUUAACAUCGUUAUUAUCUGGUUUCGCAAAAGCUACUGAAUUAUACGAGAAUACACAACAACCGCUCGAUACAUCUCCAAAUUCUAGUUCAACAUCUGUCGGUAGUGCUAGUGAAAGUCCAACAUACGUAAACACAAAUGGUCAAACAUACUCAGUUGCGUCAAUAUACAAUGAUCAAACAACCACAACAUCGUUAAGUAAUAGUGCAAAUACAUUGAAUGGUACAUUAGCAAAUGUUCGAAAAAAUUUAUCCUAUCCGACCAAUCUUAAUAAUAAUAACCAACAUUCACCGACUGUCAGCUCUUCUUCAUCAUCUUCUACCACCUAUUCGUCUCAACAAACAACUAGCACAUUACAUUCGAUUUUGAGUUCAAGACCAAGAUCACCAUUAUCAGCAACAAGUGUAUUUCUGACGCCUCCAUCAUCAUUGCGUUUUGAUAGUAACAUGAAACCAGAAAUAGAGAAUAAUAUAUCAUCAAACCCAGUAUUAGGAACAGCAACAAACAUUGAUGCAGCUAUAACAAGAGCAUUUGACAAUUUGGCUAAAGCAGCCAAUGUUAGUAGUAAUAAAAUGAAACGAUCAAUUGAAAAUGAAGUUAAAAGUAAUUUGAGCAUUGAACGACGUUAUUGGGAACAAGUUAAUCUAACACUUACUGAAUGUAAUUUAGGUCCAUUAAUCAAUGAAAAUUCGUGUUUAUUCACUAUCACUCCACCAACAAGUUCAACACCAGUUCAAUUAACGGAAAGUUUUAUAUGCGAAUCAGCUUCACGUGUUUUAUUUCAAUCAAUCUAUUGGAUUAAAGCAAAUAAUUGUUUUAAACUACUCGAUUCGAAUGUUCAGAUAAUUUUAUUACAAAAACAUUGGCUUGAAUUAUUUAUUUUGAGUCUGUUACAAUGUUCAAAUAUUGUUCUUUUACCAAAUAUUUUAACAACAUUGUUAACCAAAAAAAUGCCGGAUAAAAAAUCCAAACAAAUAAGUGAACAAUUAGGUAUAAUUCAAUCACUAGUCAAUGAAUUUGAACGUUUACAAUUAUUACCAAUAGAAUAUGCUUAUUUGAAACUAAUAAUUAUAUUUAAUACAGAUUGCGUUAAUUUUUUAUAUUCAAAUGGUAAACACCAUCAACAACAACAACAACAACAUCAGGCUUAUAUUUCAUCAAUGAUGCAAAAAGAAAAAAUUCAAGCUUAUCAAAUAUUAACGUACAAGGAAUUUCGAGAAUAUUUAAAUAAAACGUGUAUGAAUGAUCUAGAACGAUUAGGACGCUUAUUGUUAAAAAUACCAACAUUAAAGUGUUUACAAAUCUCAAUAAUUGAAGAAAUCUUCUUUGUCGGUCUAAUAGGCAAUGUUCAAAUUGACUCAAUAAUACCGUGUAUAUUAAAAAUGAAUUCCAGUGAGCAUAAUUUAAUUAAUCCAUCUUCUAUAUCAAAAUUUCAUCAUCCACAGCUAUCUCAACCAAAUACAAAUACAGAAAAUCAUUUAUUUUCUCCAUCAUUGUUAGUAACAACAAGAACACCAUUUUCCGAAUUUUAUCGAGAACAACAACAGCAACAAGUGAAAUGUGAAACACUUAUUAAUGAUGAUAGUGAACAAACUUAA